CCGAUGGUUGCCCAUAGCCAAUGGUAAGUUACGACCCUUUCGCCUACUCUUGUCUCUGAUUUGGUGCUCCCAAGUCUGCUUUUUGGAUCCUGCCUGCAAGCUUCGAGGAAAGAACAUUGCUUCUGCGGAGCUCUGACCGCGGCGCGUCCGUCAAUUGGUGCUUUAUGGCCCUCUUAGCUCGAGACAGCCGCGCAUCAGCAAAAAGGCGUCCAUGUCUCACGAUUCGUCGUCUAAGUCGCCAGAAGCGCGAGGCGCUUCCAAAGCCGACAGAUAUGAUCUUUACGAUGCUAACAUACGUAACUUUGCACCAGUUGCCCGAAUUAUGAAGACUGCUCUUCCCGAGAAUGCCAAGAUCGCGAAGGAAGCCAAAGAGUGCAUGCAGGAAUGCGUUUCUGAGUUCAUCUCUUUCAUCACUAGCGAAGCAUCGGAGAAAUGCCACCAGGAGAAGCGCAAGACGGUGAACGGUGAAGAUAUCCUCUUCGCCAUGACGUCCCUGGGAUUCGAGAACUACGCAGAGGCCUUGAAGAUCUACCUCUCUAAAUAUCGCGAGCAGUCCCAGUCCAACCGUGGCGAGAACCAGCAGAACAGGCCUAACAGCCAGGGAUAUGGAGCUGCAGCGCCUGGUGGAUCCGGUGCAGCUGGAGCUUCGGGUUUCCAAGGAGGUGAUGGCACCGGUGGUAUCGGCGAAUCGGGUGAAAGUUAUAUUUACACCCAACCGAGUCACAACGGCGCUGCUGGCGAGACAUACUAAGUUUCGCGCCUGGCAUCCUCAGGGUAUCUCAGGGUAUCGGCUACCCGGAGCUUUCUUCGAUCUAUUCGCCGCCCCGGUCAUCAUGAGGAGGUCUAUACUACUUUCGAGUGUGUAUAAGUAUGAGGAUUUGCGAUGAAUCCGCACAUGGAUCUUGAGAUAUGGCUCUUCGGAUAAGGGAUAACUUCGCGCGCAUUUCGGCCCUGUAUAUGGCGGGCUUUCUAGGGAUUUUUACGGAAGGGGUUAUGCGCAAAAGGGGCAUUAGGUCUGCGUUUUUUUUUCUUCUUUUACUCGAAUAGAUUCCCCCCAAAGGCGUCAACAUCCUCGCCUCUUCGUUCAGUUCUCUGCGCUUCUUAAGAUCGAUCUUGAGAUUCUGCAUCAACUUGAGUUCGGCAGUUCUUGUCGCUUCAUGAGGAUUGGAGAACAGCCCAAUACCUGAAGCAUUGUUUGCUUAUAUAGCACCGUUUCGUUGAGUUAGGGAAUAAAUACGACCAAGUCAAACCAAUUCAUUACAUCUAAUGUCCCAAGUGAGCCUAUUACCACCAUUGAUUUAUAAGUUCACCGUUGAAUAUCCCUGAAUUUGUUGUUUAUCAUAUGUUUAAAUGAAGAGAACGACACUAUCUAGCGAACUUCUCAUCCUGUCUAAGUUGACGAUAUGUACGUAAGCAUCAACGAUUCGCACUUACUAGGUAGUCAUAGCAGUUCGUGCCUGCCCAGGUGCUCAAUGAUUUAUGUGUACG